GCAGUAGUUGCUGAGGCUGAGGACAAACCAACAUCACAACUUUUCCUCUUGUAGCUACCAAAGAAAGGAGGAGCUGUGAAUCAGAGCACUGACCCCAUUCUUCUCAAGUACAGGACUGAGGGCUCCUGGGAUGCAACUUGAGAUCUCUGCACAAGAAUGGAACAGGAAUUCUGGGGACUUCUGAGCUCCUUUACAGGCUGCCCCGUCCUCCUGCUCCCUGCCACCAUGCUGUCAUCCUCAGUGAAUUGACCUGCACAGACUUUACACCAAGGCCUCUGGGAAGCAGGCCAGCACCUCUGGGAGACCAGGAACUCUUCAGGUCUCAUCACUUCUGACUCAGCUACUGCCAGCUACAGAACCUAGUGCAGUUUGAAAGACAUUUCCUAACGUAUUUUUCUGAGAAGUGGAGGUGAGUGUUACAAGUAAUUAUAUUCUUUUUUGGAGAAUAUAUUUAUAUAUAUACAGUCUGAAUUGCUCUCAGAUGUUACUGAUGCUGUAGCUGAUAGUACUAUGGUGUAACAUUUAAGCUUAGUUAGACAGAAUAGCAAAGUAAUAUCAAGGUUAGCCACCAACUGUAAAUAUUUGUUUUAUGACCAUCUGCAAUAUAACAAGAAGAAAAUCUUGGGAAGAGGGGAAAUGACACAAAAGAUAUCAAACCCAGAUGCAUGUCUGUACAGGCUUCUUGUAUGGGAUCAGCAGACAGUGCAGUAAUUCAGCCCUACCCUGCUCUGUUGAUGGGAAGCCUGGAGGUCUUCCUUCUUCUGACAGAGCUCCGGGCUAUAAAUAUUAUGCAACAGACAAGAUCUGUCUAAGGUAUACAAACAAAUGCUGUAAAUCUGGCUCUCAUGACUACCCUUCAAUUAACAGUGUGCCAGUAAACAGUAAAGGAGGUGGGGAGAAGAACAAAAACCUGGUUAAUAGAACAGUACUUAGCUUCAAAGCCUGCAGGUCUGUUGAGGAAAGAAGCUAAAUUUUAUGGUUGCUGAUCUUUUGUUCAUUACUCUGAAUGUGCCUCCUUCUCCUGCAAACCCAACUAAAACCUCUUUAUUAUUCACAGCGUAAUAGACAUUUCCAGUUAAUUAGGACGUUUUUACCACUCUAUGGAGAAGUGGCAGAUGGUAAGAUUUGCCUCUUUACAUUAUUUUCAUUGCAGAUAUUAGACUCCUUACCCACAGACUGGAAUGGCAGCUUUCCAGUCAUCAACAUCAACAUUUUUUCUGGCUCUCAAUUACUCUUCAUCCCUCUCCAGACACCAGCUGAUACAGCAGUGACCCAUUUAGCCCAGUUAAGCUGGAAAACAUGUGAUUGCUGUAUGAGCAGGACACUGUGCAAUUGAGACUUAAAAGCAUUGGUUCUGUUGUUCUCCUUGGUGCUUGUUGAUCAUUUUUGAGAGAGAAAAUAGUUAAGAAAGAACCAAUCCUGGUAAAGCUAACAAGUAGCAUCUUUUCAGCAGAUAAAGAACCCAGCUAUGCCUGUUUAAUUAUAUCGUGAUAUAGGUCUCAGAGGUGUAGCAACUCCUAACAGGACUCCUUUCUUCCCUUAAUGCAUGCCUGGUGGCUUUACCCUUGAACUGGGUCUUUUCUCCUUUGCUUGGUUUCACGCUCUGUCUUCUCUAUCAGGAUGUGUUUGCUCAGACCACGCCAAGUAGUGCGCACAGGGCAACACAAUGCUUCCCUAGAUGAAAUGAGGGGGAAAAAACUGGAAAGGGGAAGAUUAACUUAACUAGUCGUGUGCACACAGCACUGCCUAUUGCAGCAUAUCAAUGAGGCUGGAGGUGGAGGAGACGCUGCAACAAAUCAAGCCGAAGGGAGAGGAAUAAGGGAAGAAAAUGGGUAGGUGGUAACGCAGAAAAAUGAGUCAGUGUAUAUCUAUAAAUAAAUCCUCUGUACAAAGAGGAGGAGGGGACUGGUGCUUGGGAACAGACCUGAAAAGGAGACAGGAUAGACUGGUGUGGGGAAGGGAGUACUAAAAUGCAAAGGAGUUGCCAUACAAGUAUUUGACAUCUAUGCUAGCAUCUCUGAGACCAUCUUGAUUUCAGUGUUAACGAACCCGAAAGCUACAAAGCUGAAUUUGCAACAUAUCUGAGUUCCAAUAAGAUACUACCAGAAGAUGACCAAAUGAAGUGGCUCUGACUCAGUGGAAUCUCUUACACGAAAAACAGCUGGAACAUCUUUGUCUCCGAGGCCAUUACAGUUUCUGACCUGAACCUGAGCUGUUGAGGGUCCUUGGGGAAGGCUUGCUGUAAGUUCAAACAAAUGGAAACCCCAGAGGUCCAAUGUGUCACCUGUCUUGCAAUAGGUGAAAACAUUAAUCGCUCACUUUCUGAAAUACCAAAUAUGCAUUUGUUGGUCUGCACUGAGCAAUGACUCCGGGUAAGCUCUGACAAAAGAAGCUCUAGCCAAAGCAUCGCUGGAAAGGCUGCUCAGGGACUGAUAAAUCACUUACUGGUCUGUAACACUGCAAGUGCUUCUUUUCUUGAAUUCAGUGCUACCAGAAAACCACCCAGCUUCAUCCCCACUAUCUAUCUCACCCACCUACUGCACACUCAUUUAGAGUUUCAAGGAUUGGUGUCUGCAUCCCUGCAAGCCAGCUGCUGUCAGCAUGGUGUCUAUUCCUUCUUAUAAUCUCUGCAGUGUUCUGCAUGCUGCACUGGAAGUCCUUCACUAACAAUGAAGGAGAUCAGAAGCUGCACUGACCUGUCCCACCGAAAAGCUCUAUAAAAGCAUAGAGUGAAAAGCAACUCAAAUGUGAUGCUUUGCAGAUUUUUAUCUCACUUAGCACUUCUGGUUGGAUGAAAUAAAUACCUCACUGUGACUGGCUUAACAACUUUACAUGCUCCUUAUUUGUGUAGUCUAUUUUAGUAUCAGACAGGUGGACGCCCACCAAGCAGGCACAUCUGGAAUGUCAAAAACAACAGUACUGUAGUGUGGACAGAAGAGGAUACCUAGGAUGGCACAGCUUACAGCGUACGUGGAUUACAGCAGAAGCGGUAAUUCCACUUUAUGAAUACUCAAAAGUAUCUCUAUAUCCAAGGUGUGGAUGUGCCAGUGAGUACCUCCAAACUGAGCUUUUAGUUGUGGCCUGUUCAAUAAGCUGGCUAAUGCAUACCAAAAGAAAUACUCAGCAGGAAAAAAGAAACAGAAUAAACAUUCCUAUUUCUGAAUCAUCCCUGGUCUGUGCAUUUAACAGCAGAACUGCUGCUGUUCCUGUACCUGGACACUGAAGAGAAACACAGCAGAGCACAUCCACAAAGAUAAGGUAGUAUUUGAACAGCCUGAAGACAGACUUGGACAAAGAACCUACAUAAAGUAUAUAUAAUGAACUUCUUGCUUCAUCUUGUGAAUGCUGAAGGUGUCACCAUACUGCAGUGCUGGCUCUGAGCUAUGACAUGCACGUAUUUGACUGCGUGGUCAUCUUGUACACAGGUAACCAUGGUUAUCCUAUCAAUACGUUUCUAUCAAAUAGACCAAGAAAGCCAGUGUUGGUAAGCCUCCUCAAAAAACAGGGAAUAUAGAAGACAGGAAAAAGAGCUGUGUGGUUUCCCAUACGGACAUGUAUGUAUUUACACAUGUAAAAUAGAAAAGGGCCAAGCAGAAAAAAUGCGUGUAUGGCUCUUCUCUCAGUCACUAAAUGUAAAGCAGCAUAUUGCAACGCAGAAUCACUCCUUUUCCAGGGCUUUCAAUUUAGCAAAGUAUUUGGUGCCACUACGGAAAUGAGCUUAUCUACAUUAUUUUUCUAUUUAAUCUUGACUUAUGAAUGUAGUAAUUCUAAAAGAGAAACAGGAGGAACAGGCACUGCUCAUUUUAGAUCCAAUCAAGUGGGCAGCAAUGCUCAGGAUGACUGAUGAAAGGGAAACCCAGCUUGACUCCAGAAGUUUCCUUCCUUUUGAAAUAAACAGCCACUGGAUAAAGCCAUCCAUUGUCAUGCCCACAGUUCCAUGACACUAAUGCAAAUACUAACUACAUGUUAGCAGUCUACUUGAAUUUACCUCCACAAAUGAUGGGUUUGUCCACUGGGAAAACAGCACAUUUUUUUUCCCUGAAAAUGUUGCUUUAAGGAUCUCAAAUGCUUUCAAGAGAACAUAUCUGCACUCUGCUAAUAAAUAUCCUACAAGUGCUGUGCUCAUUUAGACUUUUAAUUAUUUCAAGGUUAUACACAUGUAAAAUAUUUGAGGAAUUAAUGGGACGACUUAAGCCCUUAAAUUCAGGCUUCAAACCCUGUCUGCAGAUGGUCUGUAUCACAGUAGUGCUAAAAUUCACAUCAAAUGCAUAAAGGUAGCACGAUUCUUCAGGCCAACAAAUAGAAAAUGUCCACUGCCAAAUAAGCAGCCUAGCAUUUCUUAUCUGGCACUGUGACCUCUGCAGCCUCUGGAGAACAACCGUGGUUCUUCCCAUUAUGUUUGUACCUGUCUCAUUUGAAGAUAACUCCCAGCCUGUACUUCCCAUCACAUUUUGCUGCUGGCCAUAUAUUUUGCCUUCUGCAAAGUAUGCUAAAAAUCAAGUAACAGAAAAAAUUAAGCAGCAAUGUUUUUUCUGCAUUAUCAUGCUACCAGCUGGGAAACCAUAUAUACACGCUGAAAGAGAGUUUGCUGACCACAACGGGAAUUUUCAGGAUACAAAAUGAGUAAAAAGUGAAAAGAAAAGGCAGACUUAUUUUCUGUGGGUGUUUGUGCUACAAAGUAUUAUUUCAUAGAGUACAAGGAGUUUAGAAACCUAUUAUCUUGUCACCAUAGAGCAAAUAAUCAGUAGCAUAAAAAAAAGAGUUUGUACUUGCAUACACUUAAGUAACAUUUUUUCUUCAUUUCAGUAACUAAUUGGAUUACCUGCAUGUGGUAAGAGUUCAGCAAGUCUGCAAUAUUUUCUUUUGAAGGAGAUUUCAAUGCUAUCAGGUCUUUCUCUAACUCAGGUAGCUAUGAAAAAUAAGGAUCAGAAGUAAGUAAAAUAGAAUGUACUUUCUGAAUUGCUACUGCUAUGACAAUAGUACAACAUAGUAUAACUACGUGUGUGUAUUAUAUACACAACUGUAACUAUACAGCAAUUAUUAAAAAAUAAAUAAUAAUAAUAAUAAUUAAAAAAACACACAAUCUUUUGGCCAAGUCUUAAAGAAGUACCAAGUAACCAAUACAAGGGGCUGGAGUUCACUUUUCAGAAGUGCUGAACCUGGGUUUGGGUAUGUCUGCAGUGAUUAGCAAAAAGCUCUGCUCCUGGUGCUGCAGCUGGGACAGGUAAAGCCAUCCCGAGAGCAGGAAGCCUGGCAACCAUGCAGUGCUCCAGGUGGUAUCUGUCAGCCUGUGUAUCCAGCCAGCUCCUACGGUACAGUCAUACUUGGUCUUUUACUGGCAAAAGAGAAUCAGAUGCCUUUUCUCCUACACUUAUAACCACUUGAAGUACAGGAACGUGAUGACUGACUUUAUCAAAUAUGAUAAUUUUUACAUUUUCUUACAGCCACUGUAAGAAACAGGAUAUUAUUAAGGAGACUGAUAAAGAGCGCAUUAAUUGGCUGCAAUCCAAAUUAGAGACUCUGCGGUUGUGUAAAUAACCUCUUGUUUCAGACACCGUUUUCUAGAUUGCAUCCAGAACGCAAACGAUUGAUGUGAUAGGGAUAGUAAGGCACAAUGAAGACAUAGGGUACCACUUUCCAAAUAACUCAGUUAUGCUCAGUAAAUCGUGCCCUUGAACAGCAGAAUUGUGGUGACAGCAGCAUUUGCUCCCUCCUCAAGAAAAGCUAUCACAAGCUGGCAAGUACCACAGUGACAGCCUGAGAGUGCCCAUUCACAGAGCAGGGCCAGCUACACUAACUGUACCUCUGCACAUGCUCAAGUUGCUAAGUGCACAUUGGUGUGCUCAGCCACUCCAACUUGUCACGGCGGCGCCAGGCUGAGCCCUGGUGAGCUCCAGUUGGCGACUUACCUUUCCUGAUUCCACGAAAUGCGUGGCGAUGCCGGCUUUUAGCACAUCUCUUCCUUUCAGCCUGAAUCCUGUCAGUGCAAGGAGAUGGCCAAUCUUUCCUGAAAGCCUUGGCAGGAAAUAACCUCCACCUACAUCAGGGAAAAGGCCUGUAAUAAACAGAAAAAAAAAAACAAAAAGAAAAUGAGGGGAGAAGAACUUGUCCCAGACAUGCACGUAACUCAGCACUCAUUUCUGCUUGUCUCGCUUCCAUCUCUAAGUUGGGCACAGCUCUCGGGGCACAAUUUCUCUCUAAGUUGGUUGGAUAUUUCUCUAUCAUCUGAACCCUUCCCAAAAGCAAGCUCUUGAACACCUUCCAAACUGCAUCAUUUCUACUGGCACAUAAUUUACAGAUGUGCCAGACAACUGUCUUCAUUCUAUUAGCAGCUCUUCUAAAAUACUCAGUGUCUUGCUGGCAGCCUUUAAAAGCCGUAGGUUGUAUUAUCUCUAUUUCAUCACCUAUGUUCUUUCUCAUCUAUAGUCACUUUAUGAAUAGGCUACUCUGCAUUGUCCUUUCUCAGCCUGAGACUUCCUAUAUAUAAUGUUGAUGUAAAGACCAUCAUUUCAUUUUAUAUUUCUAUUCAUCAGUCUCCUCUUGGAUUCCCUACUAUUGCCAAAAAGCCCCUUCAUUUCAAAAUGGAAAUUCUCUCACAAAUCCAUUGCAAAGAAAAAAGGUCAGUUACAUCAUUCUCCCUAUCCAUCAGGGCUGCAACAACCUUUUCCUCUUUGCUGCAGUUAAAACAUCGAUGCUUUAGCGUCACUACUGAAGCAUUACUCUCCCUGUGGUCCCAUGAGUUUUCCUAAGGUAUCAGAGGAAAAACCAUCUUCAUGAUUUAUAGGGCCCUUCCCAUACGUGGGAAAGUUAAUUCUAAAUAAAGCUGAUGGAUUCAAGGCACUUUAGAGGUGAAUGAAACUAAACUGAAUGAAGUUGUCUUUAAUUAGUGCAGUAUGUACAAGCAGGGUUAGUUAAGAGUGCAGCUAAUCCACUUAAACCUGCUCAGAUGCUUAAGAGCAGUCUACUAUAGUCUCUACUGUACCCCGUGCAAGGAUCCCAUCUUCCUUUCCUCUUCAAAUUUUACUCCUCUUGUCCCUGUUGUAUUUCCCUUAAUUAUCUCAAUACUGCUUCCCAGAUCUUUGUGCUAGCUAUUGGGUUCCUCAAGUCCCUGUUUAAAAGGAAUGUGAGUGUGCGCUGAGCUGGCCAGGCCAGAAGCCCAUGUCUGUAACACCAACAUGCAACUUGAGCUCUGGCACAGGUGCUACAACACACCUCACCUUUUCUUGCAGCUGCACUUGUAGUUUUAUUUGUAAAUGAGUUAUAGAAAGUUAUAGAACAGAUAUCCCAUAAAGUGCUAGUACUCCAGCAGCACCUUACAGCCCGUUUCUGACAAUAUACUUUCAUCUCCUGUUCUUCCCAUCAGGGAAGGUUUGUCCACACCCUCCCACAUUUAAACUGCAUUCCAGCAUUAUCUAUAUCAGCAGGAAACGCCUACCAUCUAGAACUUUUAUUUUUAUUUCCAAAAGGGCAUAUAAAUGUCACUUCUUAUUUAUGGUGGUGUGUAAGUAGCUGUGAAAGCGCAGCAGCUCAAUGAGCACUGUUUUCAUUUCACCAAAAAGGUACGAUGUCUUCUGAAAGUGAACACACAAACAAUUCCAUUAAUCCAGUCUCUCAGCAGCUAGACAUUUUAAACAUACACCACAGAGAUCAGAACAGCUAAGCCCUUAAAUCCAAACAGAUUUCAGUGGUUUUACUUUAAUUGACCCUAAAAGGGUUUUAAUUACUUUCCUUUACUUUUACUUUAUGCAUCUUCACAGUCUAUUUUUGCUUAAAUAAGCUCCUGUAUACACAGGAAAUGUAUGUAAAGUGCGUCGUCUUUGUUAGCAUAAGGCUACCUGCGUAUUCACCUUUGAAGAAGAAAAUGAGGAAGGUAUCUUUAUUAUUAGAAUAAUUUUAUAUGCAAAAGAACUACAUUGUUAGCCUUUUUUAAGCAAUCUUUGUGAACUUUGCUGCUAAGCAGACAGGUGGGAAUUGGACACAGAAAGACUUAACAAGCAUCCAGAAGGCAGACAGCAAUGCAUUCUAUGUGGAUACUCUGUUGCUACCAUAGUAUUGCCUUCAAGGGGCACAUGAACUAUCUCACAUGAAGGUUCACUGUGAUGUGACUUUUCUCGGGUCCUAUCCCUCUCUUUACGUAGCUCAGGGACAUAGCAUUUUCUAUCAUACAUCUCAAAGUUGACAAAGCUUUUGUAGGGUCAAAGACCAGAAAAUACAAGUUAUAGGAUGCUACUUAAAAGGAAGAACGUGUGAUCCGGUACAUAAUCUGUAUACAGCUACAAUGGGCCUACAGUGAUAGCCCACAAGAAAAAAGAGACUUUCAACGUUUGUUUCAUUAGCAGUGCAGAUCAGGUGGUUUGUCUCAUGCUGAGCUCCCACUGUAAUAAGAUUUAGCACAUUUGCACUGGGAUCUUCUGACUUUAUCUGCUUACCUGUUACGGCAAAUCCUUGGUUCCUCACGGCUACUUCCAUUUUUAACAAAUUGCAUCCUGAUAGUUUUUGCCAGGCUGUUUUAAGAACCUCAGUGAUCAACAAAACUGAGGCAAGUUCUUAUCAAUUUAAAAGAAAAUAUUUUCAAAAUACGGUCAUUUCCAUCUCCUGUAUAAAAUACUUACAAUACAACUGCUACUUUCAGUCAACUGCAUCUCAUCCUACUUACGUGAAGGGUGAAACUUGAAACAUGUUAAGGUAUGAUAACCUGUUAAAAUCUACUUACCUAUUGCUGUUUCUGGCAUUGCAAAAACUGUCUUUUCGGUCGCAACUCGGAAAUGUCCGUGCACCGAGAGCCCAACUCCCUGCACAUGGAGCCCAAAGCAGGGAAAUGGUUACAACCAGGAGAAAUACUCACAACCAUUAUCCUAUACAACACACUUGCUGCUUUGCUCUACAAUUAAAUAACGUUAGAUUUACCAUGCACAUCUCAAUAAAAUAUUAAAAGGCCUUUGAGAGUUCAAAGACAAAGCGUUACACUGCCUCUAGGAUUUGACUGAAAUAGCUUCCUAUGCCUUAAAAGGUGGCUGACUCAUAUGGAGAUUAACUACAAAUAGCCCAAAGUGACAGUUACUGGGAAUCUUUCUCCAUCUGACAACUCAGGGAGACACUGUUCUUUUGCUAAUGUUCCCACAUCUAUCAUUUUUGCACAUGCUUCAAACUAUCAACAACAAAAAAAGACCAUCGGUUUUGCAGUGUAUGUGAAUUGCUUGAAGCUGUAAUUAUAAUGCUUUAAAAUAAAUAAUAUUUAAUUAUUGUUAUGAUGGGAUGAUUACCAACUUUAUCAAUGCAGAAAUAUUUUAAGCAGGAAAAGUCUUCAGCAUUACUCAUUCAAACUCAAAGUCUGCAGUUAGAAACUGAAACCAGUUUAACCUGGGGACUGCAGCUCUGGAAUUCUUGAAUCAAGUGGAAUUGUGCCUUCAACACUUCCAAUACUUUAUAACAUCACAGCAGCAUUAUUUCCACUGCACUGAGUAAAGCCUUUCCUACAGCAAAAGAAAGCACAAUACUUCUGCUGUUAAUUUUAAGCAUGUUCAGCAAAAAAUGAUAACACUUUUAUAAAGAUAACUUGAAAUAAAAUAAAUCAAGUCCAUUUUGCCUUUUCUAAUGAUAAACUUGUGGAUUUUUUUCCUAACCCUGACUACAGGUACCAUCUAUCAUAAACCAUUUUUUGGCAAUCAGAAGUUUGCUUAAGAAAAAGGACUGCCGUGUUCAGCUGAGUAAUAAAAAAAGGAGUGCAAACCCCAUGAAGUCGGCUUCUCUUCCAAGUUUGUUCCUUUUUGUAGUGAUAAAAAUAACCGUAGAGUUUUGCUAAUAAAAAGUUGAAAGAAGUAAUUUUCUUUUGAAAGAAGUAAUUAAAUCUGACUUCACUUUCUCAAGUGACUGGGCCAUAAUUGGAUUUGUUUUCUAGAUAGCCCUCAAGUUUUAUAGCACAGAUAAGAGUUUAAUUCAGAUGCAUAUUUAAACAUCUAAAAUUGCAUUUUCUCCUUAUUCACUGUAAAGAAAAUGGCACAAGUACAUCCACGCCUCUUUAAAGACCAUUUCAAAAUAACCCGACAGUAAGAUAAAACUAAGAGGUAAAAACGAGUUAACACUUUGAAGGUACAGCACAAAGCCCAGUGAUUUCUUAAACUGAUGAUCAUAUGCUUUUGUAUGUUUAUGUGCAGCUUCUCACACCGUCAAUACAUUCACUGUAUGUGUUUCACCUUCUCUGUCUGAUCCAGAGGACAGACAUGUAUUAGUCUAAAGGACAUCAGGCAACAGCCUCAAGUUGUUGCAUCAGCAAAGGUUUAAAUUGGCAGCCAGGAAGAAUUUCUUCGUGGAAGUGCAGGCUGGGCAUUGGAAUGGGCUGCCCAGGGAGGAGGUGGGGUCCCCAUCCCUGGAGGCAUUUAAGGGUUGGUGUAAUGUGGUGCUUAGUGGUGUGGUUUAGUGGUGGACUGAGCAGUAUUAGGUGAUGGUUGGGCUGGAGGACCUUAAAAUUCUUUUCCAACAUAAAUGACUUUAUGAUUACAUUUCUAUGGUAAAUCAGGCUUUAUUUACCAGAGGGAUCUGGACAGGCUGGAUUGAUGGCCUGCAGAAGGUCAAACCUAUAAGACGGUCUGUGCUAUGAAUGCUCACCAUUAUUUGGUGAAUACCCUGAUGCUUCAUGGCACAGAACAUUGUACGUUUCCAAAAGCUUACUUUUAUCUCUGCCACAGAUUCAAAUAUGACACUAAAAAAAAAAUGCUAUAAUUUAUGAAUAUCUUGUAUGGUGAUUUAGGAGAGCUGUCAGGUCAGGGCUUGAAGGGGUGAUGGAGCACCUGGUGAAGGGCUGUGUCUGGCCCAGGGAGCACAAAUUGUUUGCACCUGUGCUCCCCAGCUGAUCAGAAGGGAUGGCCUGAGAGUGGAGCCACCCAUAGCUCAUAUAGCUCAUAUAAAAGCCAGCCACUACAGGGAAAGCAUCUCUUGGGUUGUUUUUUUGAGUGCUGUGUUGCUGUGAAGCCCCAUUGCCAGCUGGUGCAAAUGAUGGCCUGCCUUUGCUGCCUCCCAGCUGUAUGUCUGAUAGAGAAUGAGAAACCUACUGGUUUUAAGAAGGACUGGAGCUGUGCUACUUGAGAGUGGUGUUCUACUUCAUUUUCGAGCAAAAGCAAAUAUAACUUACCCAUCGGGAUGUAGGUGCUCUUGCUCCCAAGGACUCCAAGGGCAGCUCAGCUGCGUUCUGUAUGCCACCUCUGUGUGCCUAAUCAAUGAUUAAUUUGUACCUCUCAGUUACCUGCCUCAGAGCUCUGCGUGUAUUUCACCACGACCAGAUAAUAGCUGUUGGAAACAGAAAGACAAAAACCAAGCAUGCUGAGUCAGAUGUGGGUCACUGUCUCCUGAAAUGCAGCUGUCAGGAGCUGGGUAAGAGCAGAGUAAUGUGUCUUCUGCUUUCAACUUGGCAUCAGUGAAGUUGAUAUGCUGUUUAGCAGCCUCCUGAUGAUUUCCCUUCCGUGCUCUUGUCCAGCCUGUCCCAGACCAUUUAGGAACUCCUAGCAGCAGUAAGCAGUCCCACAGCUCUAAUGCCUGUAGGAAGAAUGUGCCUGCUGUUUUUUUUUCUGAAGACAUGCCUCCUACUAGCUUUAUUUAAUGUUUCCUAAUCCAUGAAUGGGAAGAAAGAUAAACUGCUUUCUCCAACUCGUGACUUUAUAAACCUGCCAUUUCCCUGCUAUGCUGUGCUGUUCUGUCUGGCAACUGCUCUUCCGGGCAGAGGAGUCAUUCCAGACAUUUGAGCAUCCUUCUCUAAUUCUUUAUAUGCUUUUGGAAAUGAGGAGUCUAUACUAUUGGUCCUUUUUCUCCUAGAAUCCACAUGGGUUCCAUGUCUUGAUCUCUCUAUGUAGGAAAAGAAAUAUCUAUACACUAUGCUAAAAUAGAAUUUCAUCUUACUUUGAAGUUCUUACUUCUGCAUUUUUUUUUAAUUCUUCCUAAGUUCCUUGUCACCAUUUUUGGGCCUUCUGGUACUGAACAGUUAACAGCACACUGCAGCAACAUAACAAAUCUGUAGGGAGGUAGUUUGUAUAUUCCCAAAGUGGCUGCAAUUGUCCCACUGUGCAGGCAGCAAACCUGUUCUCAACUCUUAAUAGAAGGGGGGAAGAAAAGGGAGAAAGGGUUUAGUCAGUGAUUGUAACAGGCAUAGCUACUUAAAAUUCACACCUCAUGUGCUGAUUUAGGAAGUUGUAAGAUGCUGUAUGAGGGGGAAAAAAAAGGUGAGACGUUAAUACUGUUACAUAGAUAGUGUUUUUCAGCUUUUGUCACCCCCCCUUGUAUUUUCUUCCCCCACCAAACCAUUUUGGAGGCAUAUCUUUGCAAUGACACAUCAAUGUUCUGUCUGCUUUGGGUUUAGAAAUAGUUGGGAUGUUAUAAAUAGAUCACAGUCUGCGAGAGACAAAGAGAAUGGAAGUAUUGUAAGAGGUUGGCUGAAAAUUUUCGGUGUGGAUUGUGAUUUCAGAUGCCUCUGAGAGUGGAAGCGUUGAGUCUGAAAUGCUCUAUUGAGCGCAGCAGAGGAACCUGGCCUGAUGUGCAGCAGUGGGGAGAGGCCAGGUGCAGUAAGGCAGCAUUUGUGCCUGUGGAGCCAAGCCCGGAGUGACAGCCAGCCUUGCCUCUGGGAGCUCACGGCUCAGAGAUGUGAGGAGGAAGCACUUUUCCCUUCCUCACUGUAGGAGGAAACGCUGGAGUCAAUUGCUCUGUUACACACAGCAGAGUCACUAAAUCAGAAUGUACAGCUUUUGCCCUGUAACUGUUCUGGCACCACUCAUGCUGGUAGCGUUGAUCAAGCUUGCUCCCGUUUUCCACUUCUCCCCCAGAACGCCUUAACAUCACCAGGGCACCUUGGCCCGGGGUGAAAACUUGUCCCAUCCAGUGAGGUAGUAAAAGAGAAUAAUCAAGAGUGGGAAACAGUCUGAUAUUCUUUUGUUUCUGCUUGAGUACUCCUUGAGGAAGAUCCUUUAGAUCCUGCUGAUACUUCCAAGCUGACCGUGAGUACACAGAGCUGAGGUCCAGCUGCUUAUCCCUUGGCCGUUUCCACCAGAGAAACUAUGAGAAAGGUGUUUUGGUGACGGUUCUAAAGUAAGUAAUUCGGUGGAAGGGACUAACCUUCCCAGUGGCACCUUAAUGUUGUAAAGACAAGUUGCUUCCUGAAAGCAGGCUGGGUUUCACAGGAGCAGUGUCAUGUUGGCACAAGCUUUGUGUUCUCAGCCUCUGCCAAAUGCAAUGGUGUAUCACCUGGUCUGUGUCCUUGAAGUGUGCCUCCAACUGCUGCUGGUUUUUGUAGAAGUUUAGGCCGAUACACAGUCUGCAGAAUCAGGUUCUUUAAACCUAAAUUAACAUUCUGUUGAAGACUAAACAUAUGUUGUUUUUCUUCACUGUCAACAAUUUAGUUUCCAGGUUUGGAAAAGAAACAUUGCUGGGGAGGAAUCCAAUGAAUUUAUUAAUGAGCUGGUGAAAAGCUGCUGAAGGACAGCUGGAUAUUUGGUGCCAACUGGAAAUUCCUGAUUUCAGAGAACAGCCCUGGUUCAGGAAAGAAACCAGCCAAGAAGCUCUACUAUAAAUUAAAAUGUGAGCUCCUAGAAACCAUUUCCUGACGGGACUCAGGAUAGCCCUGGUUCCUUGAGAGUGCACCAAGUAUUGGAUGCUUAUGGUAAGCCAUGGCAGCUGAUGAUAAGGUUGCCAUUUUAACCGAUGAUGAAGAAGAACAGAAGAGAAAAUAUGUGCUUGCUGACCCUUUCAAUGGCAUUUCCAAGGAUCAAGACUUGCAUCCCCAGAACGAAUCCCCUUCAACAGAGACAACUACUGUCCCAGAUGAAGAACUGGACUGGUUAGAAAAGCACUGCGUCAAAAUCAACAAUGAUCUCUUGAUCUCAAAGGUCUUUUAUUUUUUCUUCUACUCUGCAUAUGGCUCUCUGUACCCCUUGCUCCCUGUGUAUUACAAGCAGCUGGGUAUGUCACCCAGUCAGAGCGGACUUCUGGUGGGCAUCAGGUACUUCAUUGAGUUUUGCAGUGCUCCCUUCUGGGGAGUGGUAGCAGAUCGCUUCAAGAAAGGGAAGAUCGUCCUUCUCUUCUCACUUCUAUGCUGGGUUUUAUUUAACCUAGGGAUCGGAUUUGUUAGACCAGCCACCUUAAGAUGUGUACCAAAGGGCCUUCCCCCAGCACAUCCCACCAAUGCAAGCAGCCUUUUAACAACCAUUUCACAGAACACCUCCGUGUCAUCUCCGCUAACAGCCAUCAGUACUGUGUCCCCAAAAGUUCGUGGGAAGAGAGACCUGCUCACUUCCAGGCCGGUCACGUUGGGAGUUACAGGGACUGCUGCUCCUGAAGUGACCUUCCUGUUACCUACACAGAGUGGUAAUGUGGAGUUUGCCUUGGAAAACAGUACUCAUUUUCUUUUGAAAAACACCACUGUCACCGCCUCACCGGGGAACGUGACGCCAAGCACCACCACCCUGUCUGCCACCACCACCAAGCCGGUGCCUUCUGACCAAGCCGUGCUGGUGUAUGAUCAGCAAGAAGUAGAAGCCAUCUUCCUGCUCAUUCUGCUGGUUGUCAUAACAGGAGAGUUUUUCAGUGCUUCCUCUGUUACUAUUGUGGACACGGUAACUCUGCAGUACCUCGGCAAGCACAGGGACCGCUAUGGACUGCAGCGUAUGUGGGGGUCCCUGGGCUGGGGGCUGGCCAUGCUGUCUGUGGGAAUCGGCAUCGACUAUACCCAUAUAGAAGUUGCCAUUGAAGGUCAAGGAUGUAAAGCUCCUGAAUACAAGAACUACAGAAUAGUCUUCAUUGUUUUUGGCGUUCUGAUGACGAUGGCAUUAAUUGUGGCCACCCAGUUUCGAUUUCAUUAUACACACUUCAAGCAAGAUGAAAAUAAGAGAAAAGAGGUGGAGAUAUCGCAGGUGGACAGAAAUGCCUCCAACGAAUCCUCUGACAACACUCCUACAACCAGCAUGAGCCAAUCACAGUCUUUCAGUUUUUGGGACCUAAUCAAGCUGCUGUGUAGUAUCCAGUAUGGCUCGGUGCUCUUUGUUGCGUGGUUCAUGGGCUUUGGCUAUGGCUUUGUGUUCACCUUUCUCUACUGGCACCUGGAAGAUCUGAAUGGUACCACCACUCUCUUUGGAGUCUGCUCUGUGCUCAGUCACGUCUCUGAGCUGACGGCCUACUUCUUCAGCCACAAACUGAUCGAGCUGGUUGGUCAUAUCAGAGUGCUCUAUAUUGGUCUUGCCUGCAAUACUGCCCGCUACAUUUACAUCUCCUAUCUGGAAAAUGCCUGGACGGUCCUCCCAAUGGAAGUGCUUCAAGGUGUCACGCACGCGGCCAUAUGGGCGGCCUGCAUCUCCUACCUGAGUGCAGCGGUGCCCCCGGAGCUGAGGACAUCGGCCCAGGGCAUCCUGCAGGGCCUGCACCUGGGCCUGGGCAGAGGAUGCGGGGCAAUGGUCGGAGGGGUUUUGGUCAACUACUUUGGUCCUGCUGCCACAUUCAGAGGAAUAGGAAUGGCUUGUUUAGUGAUUCUUCUUCUGUUUGCACUGAUCCAGUGGCUGUUGGUUCCUGAUGAAGAAGAAGAAAAGACAAUGCUGGCAGAAAGGAUCCCAGUGCCUUCCAGUCCUGUUCCCAUAGCAACUAUUGACCUUGUACAACAGCAGUCAGAAGAUGUCAUGCCUCGGACUGAGCCCAGGCUGCCUCUGAAGAAGACAAAACACCAGGAGGAACAGGAGGAUGUGAACAAGCCUGCCUGGGGCGUCAGCUCUUCUCCUUGGGUCACCUUAGCUUAUGCUAUCUACCAGAUAAAGGAGAUGGUUAAGCUAUCCAAAACCCACCCGUUGCCUGAGAAUCAGCCUUUGCAGAAAAUCAGUGAGAACUGCAGUGCGUUGGCCAGCUCAGAAAGGCAACCCCCGACAGCGACAGAUUCUGGGCAGCCCAGAAAUUGUUCAACACCAACGGCAACAUCAGAUUCCCAAGUAGAUGGCGACUGUGUGGCGUUGGACCGCGAUGCUCAGCCUGCUGCCGCAGGGCCCUGAGAUGCGCUCAUCCCAUCAAAUCCAGUGCAUGGAAUUCUGCUUCUCACCUGGGAAACGCUGGAGUAGGAGCUCAAAAGUAGGACUUCCUUCAUCUUAAUGAUCGUAAUGUGAUGCAGUGCAAGCUUUUAACUAUAUACAAAUAUUCACUUGGCUACACAGAGCAACACGAGCAGGGAAGCCAGAAGUUUGGAAUGCUAGAGGGAAGUGAUGUGGUCAGAUCUAAAUGUAGGAAGAAUUCUUGGCUGUUUUGCAAAGGCUGAGUCAAGUGCUAUGAGAUGUCUUUGCAAUCUGCAGGAAAAGGAGAGCUCACUCUUCACUUGCUGAGGCCCUGAGUGCCUGACUGGGUCAGCUCGUUGUUCGUUUUUCUUGAAAUUUCUUCAUGAGUCAAAAUGAAGAGACUUCUUAAGAGAGAAACUGAGGUUUCCCUGCAUAGUGUGUUAAAAAUAUUGGAUCCAAUACAUAUAGAAGUGGCAUAGAACUGUAAAGAUUUCUCAGAAACAGAAUAGCUUUUAGCAAGCGUAGCUUCAUAUUAUGGUGAUGGAAUAAAUAAAACAUAUUCAAAGAAUAUGUUUUUCAAAGCUACUGUUAUCUUGUUUGACAUAACGGUUUAGUUCUGCAAAGGAAAGAUUUGGAAGUGGCAUUUUAGUGAAGCAGAAGAGCUAGAAGGCGGCUUUUAGAGUGCUUGCAGCCCUUCACCUGGGCGUUGUGUGUGUGUGUGUGUGUGUGUGUGUGUGUUUGGGUCACUUUAGGUUUGACGUUGUAUUGAGACAACCAUCUUUGAUCAAGAUUGCACAACCUAGGAUUGAUCAAGGCUUCAGUGGGCACACUGUUCUUUUUUUUGUUAUUUAUUUCAUCAUCUAUACAAUGGUUUAUUUAAUGAAAUGUAGUUACUGUGCUUAUUUAUUAAGACAGCAAGCUUAAGUGCCUGGGGAAGGGGGGCGGGUGGGGAGGAAUCACCUAAUAAUUGUAAUGGUUAGAAUUUCAGGGGCAAAGUUGUUGAAGCAGAAAUCAAGUAGAGAGAUUCUCAGGACAGAGCAUACAUAACUGAAUUGCAGCAUGUUUUGGAAAUCACUUUGCCCACUGUUGAGACACUGGAAGACUUUGGAUUGUUCUGUCGUACUGUUCACUAUUAGCCACAGCCAGCUCUCUGGCUGCUGCGUAGUGAAAGCUGCUGCUGAAGGGAGAUCCUUGGGCUGGAGGAGGAGCUGGGGGUUUAGUCAGGGUAGUGUUUUGGCCCAUCUGCUUACACCCACAGCUUGCUGUUGGGAGAUCCUGAGCACUCAGCUUCUGCAGGACUCGAGCAGGUACUGCUCAGCCCUCCAUGAAGAUGUCAGUGUCAGCCUUCCAUGGGACGGUGUGUGCUGUUGGACCACAUGGCCUGUGCAGUGACACAGGGGCAAGGUGAGCAGCAGCGUGGGGUUAGGGGGGAGGACGAUAGCAGCAGCUGAGCAGGAAAAGGGCGUACACAGCUUCACCUGCUUUGACACCCAGUUAGCUGAAGGGCCUCCUGUAGCUGUGUUUUAGCUGUGCUUUUAGAACAACCUGUGUUCUGGCGGUGCCUGGGACCAACGCCAUAGGAAAUAAACAUUGAUGACUAGCCACUAAUUCCUUUUUUUGCACUUGAACUUACAUGUACUGUACUCACGUAAAUCCUCAUGACUUGUCUAAGUGUCCUUUAAAAUGAGAAAUGUAUUUAUUGUAUGUUUGUAUAACUUGGGGGAGAACUCAAGGACUGAACAGGCGACAGGACAGAAGGAUGCUAAAAACCAUCUUGAGACAAAGCAACCAUUUGUUGAGUUCAUGCUGUACGGUGUUACCUCAGCUUCUACUGCAUAGCACCUGGAUUGUGAGGUGAAGAGCUUGUACACUGUGUUUACACUUCGGAAUUGUUCCUUUGAAAUGCCUGCUCUUUUUGGAACUGUAUAGUCGUUCUGUGUUGCAAAAUGGACAUGUACACUGGGUUUUGAUAUUUGUGAAACUGUAAAAACUGUGGUAAGAAAUAUAAAUUAUCCAUAAUGUA